AUGUGUCGAUACCAAGAUUGGGAAGAUGACCUACCAGAUAGUGAAGUUCGUGAUGAAUAUCCUGGCAGAGAUGCAGUGACUGCUUUUAUACGCCAAAUCGAACAACAAAUGAAUGAAAUUAGCGGAUUUUUGGACAACAUGAAAGGCAUCUGUUUCACCAUACUGCUCAACUUUGUGAUCAAUUCUAUUCAUGUUGUGAAGAAACUCCUAUGGUUGUGGAUGUUUUGA